CAGGCGGUAGCCCAUACUAGAAAAGCACACAGGUAGAUUCCAUUACAGAUAUUCCUUCUCCACUAUUCAGAUUUUGUAGUUUUCAGGCGUAAGCCCUACCUCUUCACUCAGGUUAUCAAAUGAUGGACACACAGGAAAUAGUGGAGAAGCCAUCUGAAACCAUUCCAGCUAAUGCAUCUCAAAAAAAGCAAGAAACACGUGAUGAAAUGCUAUCAAGGCACAGAAAGGAGAUAGCAGAACUGCAGAACAAAGAAAUUGAACUGAAAAAGGCUGCAGCAAAAGGCAGCAAGGCUGAACAGAAAGCUAAGAAGAAGCAGGUUGAAGAGCAGAUCUCUCAACUUUCUACUAAGCUAAAAGAAAAGCAUGCUGAAGAACUUGCUUCAUUAGGCUAUAGCAGCAGCAGUAAUGGAAAUGAGAAAAGCAAUCUUGACAAUUUGGUGAAGGCCAUAGCUGGUGUUUCUAUUACAAACCAACCAGAACACUCCAAGGUCAGCAAGAGUGCAAAGAGGAGGGGAAAAAGAGCUCAGCAAGAGGCAGAAAGAGAGCAAAGAAUCCAAGAAGAGCAGAGCAACCUUGUAAGUGAUCGAAUGAUUGAAGAUGAGAAAUUGAAAGGAAAGCUUGAACCUCUUGGAUUGACGGUUAAUGAAAUAAAGCCAGAUGGACACUGCCUCUACAGAGCCGUUGAAGAUCAGCUAGCAGUCCUUUCUGGUGGUUCUUCUCCCUAUACAUACCAAGACCUUCGGAAAAUGGUGGCUUCCUAUAUGAUGGAACAUGCAUCAGAGUUUGUUCCUUUUUUCCUGUCAGAAAAUAUAACUGAAGGAGAUCUCAAUAAUUCUCUAGCAGACAGAUUUGAGAAUUACUGUAAAGAUGUGGAGUCUACAUCAGUAUGGGGUGGGCAACUAGAGCUGGGGGCUUUAACUCACUGUCUCAGGAGACCUAUCCUGAUAUAUUCUGGGUCCUUCCCGGAUGUGGAGAUGGGGAAAGAGUACAAAACUAAUGGUGGGACUGAUUCAUCCAACGGAAGUAUUUUGUUGUCAUACCAUAAACAUGCCUUUGGGCUGGGGGAGCAUUAUAAUUCUGUGGUGCUAAACUUGAUAAGGUAGGCACCGCUAUAUCACCUGCAAGCGGUUACCUUUUGCAAUGCAGGUUUGCUUUUCUAUAUGUUUGUGAGAGAAUAGACAACUUGGAGCUUUAAAUUAAAACUUAAAGCUGCAUUUGCAUAGUA